GCAAUUGUCCUGUCAAAAAGGAUCCAUCUGGGCAAGAAUUUAAAUCAGAUAACAGUCAGGAUGGCCUAUCCAAGCUAUCUGUACGUGCCCAGCUUGGCGCCGCGUCACAGAAAUUGUUGAAGAAAGGAAGAAGUAUUCCUGAUGAAUUACUAAUUGACAUCCUAUUGGAAGCCAUUAACCAAACACCACCAGAGAAGGGAUGGAUUGUGGAUGGGUUUCCAAUGACAAUUAAUCAGGCAAAGUUAUUUGAAAAAGCCUAUACGGGCAUUGAUCCAGAAGCAAAAGACACAAAUUCUGGAAAGCUCUCACUUGUUACAGAUCCCAGAGCUCCUAACAAGUCUCCUGUUAUUUCACCUGCAUUUGAUGUUUCUGUAUUAUUGGAUAUUUCAGACACUGUGGUACUGAAACGUGUGGCUAACCUGAAGCCAGAUAAAUUAAAGUCAUCUCAAACUGAACAGGAGAACAACAAUCAAAAUUCAGAUGCUGAUACCCUAGAAGAGAAGAUUGACUUAGCCAGGGACCAGGUGCUACAUAGGGUCUGCUCAAGAAAUAUCACCAGGAAAAAAGCUUUUAUCAAAAUAAAAUUCCAAGGUUAUUUGAAGCAUCCAGAUCUUAAGCAGGAGUUUGUAUCUCAGUGGCAAUCAGAUUUUAAUUCAAUUGCUGAUGACCUGCGAGAAGAUGAGGAAACAAAAGCAGAACUGCACCAAAGAGUUACUGACCUAAGAGAUCUUCUCUGGGAUAUCUGUGAUAACAGAAGGGAAGAAGCAGAGCAGGAACGUACUGAUAUCAUGAAUGAUGGCUGGUUACCAGAUCAUAGGGGCAUUGCAAUGAACCAUUUCUUUUCACUUAUGCAGGUUGAAGUGGAUCGUUUCCAAGAUACAAAGAGACUUCUUCAUGACUAUUAUAGGGCAAUGGAAGGAAAAAUCCCAACGGAUGAUGGUCAAGAUUUUACUAGAAUCCCAUUGUUAAAUAUUAUUGAUGUAGAGCAGAAAGAAGAUCAAAACAAAUCAAGAAGGAUUCCUCUAGUUUCUUGGAAACUGCCUUCACCAGAAAUAAAUAUUACCAAGUCAAAAAGCAAGGUAACUCUACAGAAGAGUGCUAAGGAUGAGAAUUCGGAAAAUGGAGUGGCCACUUUUGGGAAAGAUGAAAAUCUUAUUACUGAUACAUGGCAAACAGCAGUAACAGCAGUAUCAAAUAUGGUAACAGCUGAAAUACAGUCUAAAGAACUGGAGGAAGAAAAAGAACGUCAGCAGCUAGAACUGAAAGAAGAUCUGAAAUCUUCGAAGAUACUAUCAGGCAAAGCUACUGGGAAAGAUGCCAAAGAUGCCAAAAAGCUUUCUCCCAAAUCAGCUACUAAAAAGAAAGUACCACCUUCUACCUCAUCUGUGGUUGAAGUCAGUCCAGUUCCUAUAACCCCAGAAGAAUUAAAGAAACGAGAACUGACACUUAAAAUAAAGGAAGAAUAUUUCAGUGCCUUGAAACAUGAGG